GUAUGAUGAGAUACAUAAAAUUCACGCCAGAUGCCGUGACUUCAUAACGUAAUGUUUAUCUGACUGAAACAUUAACCAAAAUAAAAAAAGGCUUCGUCGUUGUUCAGAAUCCGGUUACAUAUAUGUAAAUUGUCGUUAUAAUACUUGUAAUAUUAAGUUCAAAUAUUUUUGUUUUCCGUCAAAAUUAGCGCGAACAUGUCAAAUAUAUCUAAAAGAAAACGAGAGGGUUCGAGGACCAAGAUCAAGAGCAUGGGUGACCACAAGGAGUUUCUGAAGCGUAUCACGAAGACCCUAUACUAUGGACAGCUGCCAGCACUGCCUUGCCUGAGUCUACCGGUUACUGAGAUCUCAUGUGAGCUGUGGUCAGUGUCGCAGCGCGGGCGCUCCCUGCGGCGGCUGCACGCGGACGCGGCCGCCAGCAUCGCCCGCAGCGCGUGCGUGUCGCCGUGCGCGCUCGUGCUGGCCAUCCUCUACCUCGAGCGCCUCAACUCCUGCAACCCCGACUACCUCGCCGCCGCCGCACCUGCCGAUCUCUUCCUUGUUUCUUUGAUGGUAGGCAACAAGUUUUUACAAGAUGAUGGCGAAGACGACGACGUGGUAUGUUCCGAGUGGGCGGCUUCCGGAGGCCUGGAGCUCAGUCAGCUUAAGAAAUUAGAAGUGGAAUUCCUUAAUGCCAUAGAUUGGAACGUAUUUGUGAGCGACAAGACAUUUGAAGCAGGGCUGUCGUGGCUAGAACGUCGAGUGGCACUGAAGCAGGCACGCUUGCGCGGGUUCUUCACAUACGGCGACUUGGCGGCGGCGAGCGAGGCGCGCCUGCUGGCGGCGCUGGCGCGGGGCCUGGGCGCGGCCUGCGCGGCGCUGGCGCUCGCCUACGUCACCAGCCUGCUGGCGCUGCUAGCGCCUGCGCUACUGCUGGCGCCAGCCUCGUCGCCCGCCUCGUCCACCCCUGCUGGCCUCGCUCCGCUCGACACUCUUCAUACAGAUAUUAUAACGCACAAUUUGCUACCGGAACCGAAUCUCUACACGAACAAUGCGACCGUGGACCUAUCUUCGUUAGACCUCCCUGAAGAGCAGACCAUCCCGGAUAGUUUCAAGUGUUGCACGAAGUGGACGACAUACCAGGACAGUAUGGCUGCCAAGAGGAACUGGUACGACGCCAUCGUAAUAUACGACUGGAAAUCGUUCGAACCUUGGUGGUCCAAGACGUCCGUCCUCGUGUGGCUCUACCAGAGCUCUCUAGUGAACCCCAUGCAGCGGUGGCUGGACAAGCUGGCCUCGUACUCGGAGCUGGCGGGCGGGUGGCGCGGCGCGGGCUGCGGCGGCUGCCUGCGCCCGGGACUCAACCUCAGCAAGCUCAGCGAGCGAGACCGGUAGCUAAGCGAACUCUACUGAAGCCCGCCACACUCGAUACUUUACAACAACUACUAUCAUUAAAUGUUAGGAAUUAUUUCAACACUUUAUAAUAAGAGAAAAAUGACUUCUUUGUUGGCUAUAAGAAAGUAGCAUACGAAAUAAUUAUACAAACAUCUUUAUAUAUUUUGGUAAAUAAAUAGUGCACAAAUCUGAGAUAAAACUCAAAUAAUUUGUUGCUAUUUAAUAUUUUGUGACCACAAAGAUAUUGUUGUAAAAUGUCAUGUGAGCGCAGUUUACUUAAUAGGUAUUUAUUAUACUUUUCAUGCUUCCAUCCUUGCGUGACUAAUAAUAUCUGAUGUGACUAAUGGAGAGGCUAUGAGCUAACGAAUUCCAAAAUGAGAUUAAAAUAUUUUAACAUUAACUAUCAGACUCCAAGUUUUAUAUCCUUUUAUAAAAGUAAUAAAAAAUGUAUAUAUUUGUUAUGAAAAAUUCUGGUUUUUGUAGCACCGCUGUCGAAGUUAUGUCAUAGUUGUUGACUCUGAACAGUCUGAGCACAUACUAUGUUGACAGAGAUUGAUACUGGCGUACGUAAGCAAAGAAAACCAUUUAAUUACCGUCAAAGGCGGGGGUUGUGUAUUAGUUAGACAUAAAUGUGUGCGUUAUGAAUAUUAUAAUCAUCAAGACGGUGGCAUUUAUUUUCCAGUAUACGAAAGCAUGUAUUUUUGUAAAGUCUACAAUAAUAAAAAAGAAAGUAUAUUGGAGACUCACCUCCGGCGUCGUCCUGAUCAGUAGAUCAGUCGGUAAGUAUCUGUGUUUAGGAUACGUAACGCGAAUAGCGCGGGGUUCACACAACCAUUCUUGUGCUCUCAAUAUUUCUAUCUAUUUUUGUAUGUGAUGUGACGGUAUUAAAACUAUGAGCAUUGA